AUGAUAAAUGAAACCAAGUACUUCACUACUUCAAACUCAGCCAUUUAUAGAGACACCAAUCUUGAUGAAUGGUUCGAGAAAAAAGUAGUGGAACCCAUCAACAGAGACUUGGAAGAAUUCCAAGAGAGAGAUAGUGGCUGGGCACUUAAAGCUGUUGUUAACCUAGGGGUGAAUAUAAACAAAUUUACACCACAGCUUGGCUCCUCAUAUAUUGAACUUCCCCCUCAGAUAAAAAUAAAACAGGCAUGCAUUAAUGUUAAAAACGAUGACGAUGCAUGCUUUGCAUGGGCUGUCAUAUCGGCAUUAUAUCCUUGUCAGAAUAACUCCGCUUUAAUGUCAUCUUACCCACACUACUCCCAAGUGUUGAAACUUAAAGGUAUUCAGUGGCCAAUGACCGCCAAACAGAUUCCUAAUUUUGAAAAGCAGAAUAAUAUAUCGAUUAAUGUUUACAUUUUGAAAAAGGAGAAGAAGAACUAUACGACUCUCCCUACCUUCCUAACAAAAAACAAGAAGGAUAAACAUGUGAAUCUGCUUUUGAUACAAGAUAAAUAUGAUGAGCAAGGUCCCCUUAAAUAUCAUUACGUUUGGAUAAAAAAUCUAUCUCGCCUCCUUUCCAAGCAGCUUAGCAAUGAAGAUGGAACAAAAUAUUUCUGUGAUGGCUGCCUCCAUUACUUUCGAUCGCAAGAAAAGUUGAAUGUUCAUAAGACAUGCUGCAAAGGGCGAUCAGAUGUUCUCUGUGAUAGGUGUUUACAACCAUUUUUAUCGUCUACACAGCUAGAAGCUCACAUCAACGAUUGUGAAAGAAUAAAUGAAACAGCCAUUAAAAUGCCUGAAGAAAGCCAUAAAAUGUUAAAAUUUAAGAAUUUCAGGAAUAAACUAAAAGCCCCCUUCGCGGUAUACGCAGAUCUUGAAAGCGUUCUGGAACAUAGUGCUGAAAAGACUACCUAUCAAAAACAUAUACCUGCUGCCGUUGGGUAUUACUUUAAAUGUUCCUAUGAUGAUUCUCUGUCAUUUUAUAAAUCAUAUCGUGGAAAAGAUUGCAUGAAAUGGUUCGCAGAUGAACUAAAUCAGCUUGCUGAGGAUGUUUCUACGGUGUUUAUGUGUCCGUUUGAUAUUAAUAUGACAUUUCAGCAAGAGAGUGAUUUUCAAGCAGCCACUCAUUGUCAUAUUUGCGAGCAGCGCUUCUCCCUCAGUGAUAAGAAAAUGCGAGACCAUAAUCACCUGAUCCCAGAAAAUAAUUAUAGAUUUGCAUCUCAUGAAGGCUGUAAUAUUAAUUACAAAGAUGCUCACACUAUCCCUGUGAUAUUUCAUAACCUCAGUGGAUAUGACGCGCAUUUCAUUAUUAAUGAUAUUGCUACUCACAUCAAAGGUCCUGUAGAUCUUCUUCCUAUUACUAAGGAAAAAUAUAUUUCUUUCACUAAACACAUUAAUGAUGCUCGAAUUAAAUUUCGUUUCAUCGAUAGUUUUCGAUUUAUGGCGUCUUCUCUCGAUAAGCUCUCUUCUUAUUUGACCGAAUAUCCUAAUCUCCGCUCUCAAUAUGUUUUCCUUCCCGAGGAGCAGUUCAAUCUUCUUACUGUGAAAGGUAUCAUGCCUUAUGAUUAUAUUGAUUCUUUCGAUCGUUUUAUUGAAACAUGUCUGCCGCCUAUCGAGUUUUUUUAUAAUAAACUUGAGGAUAAACCUUGUCCUCGCCGCCAUUAUCAUCGCGCUCUCCAAGUCUGGUCCUCAUUCUCUUGUUCUUCUCUCGGAGAUUACGUCGAUCUCUACAUGAAAACCGAUAUUCUUCUUCUUGCCGACGUUUUCGAACGGUUCCGCUCCAGUUGUCUCGAAACAUAUAAUCUUGACCCCGCUCAUUACUUUACUCUGCCUGGAUUCACGUGGGAUGCGAUGCUUAACUAUACAAAACAGGAACUUGAACUUUUAACUGAUCCAGAUAUGCAUUUGUUUGUGGAGCGUGGCAUUCGUGGUGGUUUGAGUCAAGUUUGCUCGAAACGUCGUGUUCAUGCUAAUAACAAGUACAUGGCAUCUUACGACCCAUCGAAGCCCGACUCCUAUCUGAUGUAUUUCGAUGUCAAUAAUCAAUAUGGGUGGGCAAUGUCACAAUAUCUUCCAUAUGGAGGUUUCGAGUGGUCUGAUACUAACAUCAACGUUCUUAGUAUUCCGGACGAUUCUUCUGAAGGGUGCAUUCUCGAGGUCGAUCUGGAGUACCCUCAACAUCUCCAUGAUCGUCAUAAAGACAUCCCAUUCUGUCCCCAAUCCUUGAACCCGAAAACUAUGAAACCUCCUAAACGUCCGCGAGAGCUGACCAAAUUAAUGGCUACCCUUCAUGAUAAAGAAAGAUAUAUAAUUCAUUACAGAGCCUUGAAGCAAGCGCUAGCUCAUGGAUUAAUACUAAAAAAGAUUCAUCGAGUCUUGAAAUUUAAGCAGUCUCCUUGGUUAAAGUCAUACAUCGACUUGAAUACAAAUCUCCGGAAGGCAGCAAAAAAUGAGUUUGAAAAGAAUCUGUUUAAGCUUAUGAACAAUGCAGUGUUUGGUAAGACUUUAGAGGGUGUGCGCAGGCGCGUUGAUAUUAAAUUGCUGACAGAGUGGGAGGGUCGUUAUGGAGCUGAAGCUAGAAUAAGUAGCCCCCUGUUUAAAAUUUAA